AUGGUCAAGAUUUCGUAUCUGCUCAUUUAUAUCAUACUCGUAUUGCUUCAACAUGCUGUGGGAGAAGAGUCUUCGCCAAAAUUCCUCUCGUCUGCUGGUAUUACUUCUAGCGACUACCGACUUUCUUCACGCCGUGGCAAGUAUGCUAUUUCGCUUGGUAUCCAAAAAAGUGCUAAAAACCCACUGCAUGUUCUAUUUUCAGCCCUACCGUACACUAUUUAUCUCCUAAGUUCUUGGAAUUCAGUCCAUUUAGACCUAAAUCCGUAUUAUGUAAUGAUCGCCAGCACUCCUUUCAUUGCUCAGCUGAAGAUUAAUCUCACGUUAACCGUAUUUAUCGCUGCGGAGAGGAUUUUGGCUCUGUCCUUCCCAGUCAUGUUCCGUAAGCUGUCCUCUUACCCAUACACGACGUUUUGCUUGAUGCUUGGGUUUCUAUUAGCGAUCAUAGAUCUCACUGUGGAAUUCUCGCUCUCACCGUUCAACAAAACACCCAACUGUCCCUCUGUCGGAUGUUUCUUGAGUAACACGUUUUCUUACUAUUUAGGAAUCAGCAACAUGGUGAUGGGCGUUGUUGUGAUUGUUCUAACGGUAUUAAUCCUUGUAAAACUGCGAGCUCUUCAACGGGAUCCACAACCACUAGGUGUUAUAGAUUCGACAAGGAACAAAUUCAAGCAGGUAUCUCAUAACUAUUUCUACUAUUGA